AUGCAGGAUGGGCCUAUCACCACGCACGAAUUUGAGGAGCUGGUCCUCCGUCUGCAUGAGAUUGAGGCCGUCAAGUUUGGCAACUUCAAGCUCAAGAGCGGGCUGAUGUCCCCGAUCUACAUCGAUCUGAGGGUCAUCGUCUCAUACCCGGACGUCCUCCGCAGGGUGGCGGAGGUGAUGUGGCACCAGGUGUCACAGGGGGCGCAGUUUGAUGUGAUGUGCGGAGUGCCGUACACGGCACUGCCCAUCGCGACGUGCAUGUCGCUGCUGCACGGGACGCCGAUGCUGAUGCGGCGCAAGGAGGUCAAGGAGUACGGCACCAAGAAGGCCAUCGAGGGCGCCUUCACCCGCGGCCAGACCUGCCUCAUCGUCGAGGACCUGGUCACCUCCGGCGCCUCUGUCAUGGAGACCGUGGAGCCCCUCGAGGUGGAGGGUCUGAAGGUGACGGACGUCGUGGUGCUGAUAGACCGGGAGCAGGGCGGCGCUGCGCGCAUGGCCAGCAACGGGCUGCGGCUGCACUCCGCCUUCACGCUCUCCUUCAUCAUCAAGACCCUGCUAGCGCACCAGCUGGUCACCCAGGAUGUGGCCGACAGCGUGGCCGCCUUCAUCGCCGCCAACCAGACCUUUUGCCCCUCGAGCAGCGCCGCGCCCCCCGCUGCCCCUCCCGCAAAGCCCAAGAGGCUGCCAUUUGAGGAGCGCGCGACGCUGGCGCAGAACGCGGCUGGCAAGAGGCUGCUAGAGCUGAUGGCGCGCAAGAGGACCAACCUGGCGGUGGCCGCUGACGUGGCAACGGUGGAGGAGAUGCUGCGUAUCGCAGACGCGGCCGGCCCCCACAUCGCGGUCUUCAAGACCCACGUGGACAUCUUUGACAAGUGGGACGACUCCAUCGCCGCCCAGCUGCGCCAACUGGCGGACAAGCACGAUUUUCUGGUGUUUGAGGACAGAAAGUUUGCCGACAUUGGCAACACAGUGGUGUCCCAGUACGGCGGCGGCAUCUACAGAAUAGCGGACUGGUCGGACAUCACCAAUGCGCACCUUGUGCCCGGCCCUGGAAUCAUCGACGGCCUUCGCAAGGUGGGCCUAGAGAAGGGGCGGGGCCUGCUGCUUCUGGCAGAGAUGAGCUCGAAGGGAGCCCUUGCCACAGGGGCGUACACUGAGAAGGUUGCUGAAGCGGCCGCCGCCAAUCAGGACUUUGUGAUGGGCUUCAUCUGUCAGUCACCGGCAGACUGGGCCACGGCAGUGCCUCCAGGCCUGGUGCACAUGACGCCGGGAGUGCAGCUGGCAUCUGGGAGCGACGCAUUGGGGCAGCAGUACAAUACCCCUGCUUUGGUCAUUGGCCAAGGCGGCAGCGAUGUCAUCAUCGUUGGCAGAGGUAUCAUCAAGGCAUCGGACCCUGCCGCUGCAGCUGCCCAGUACAGGGAAGCUGGCUGGGCAGCUUAUGAGAGCACGCUGGUAUGAUAGGCUCACAAUUGUCCUGCUGGCCAUACUUGACCAGCAGUUGGAAUAACUGCAUGUGCCAGUACUCUAAGGCUGUCCAACAGAAGUGAAAAGACUUUCCUGUACAUCUACGUAGACGUGCGGCACUUCUGCUUUACAGUGGAAACAUACACAGACAUUGCCAUCCUUGUAAUCUCAAAACCAUC